AUGCGAUUGCGAUCGAAGGACAAUGGUCUAACUGAUUCAACUCUGUUCGUACAUGUUGAAAUUGAAGGCUAUGAAGAGGAGGAUGAUUGUGCAACGCGUGCACUUUCUAUUAAGAAAUUUGAUCCAGCUAAAUAUGAUAGUAUUAUUAAAUCACAUCAAUGUGAAAAAAAUUACGACAAAAGCUCCGGUACAAUGGAAUCUGCUGCUAUUCUCAAGAUGUUCAAACGAUCAGUUUCAAAGUAUGGAGUUUAUUAUACGAAGUACGUUGGUGAUGGUGAUUCUAAAACUUUUCCAGUUCUUUCCAAAAUUGUACCAUAUCCAGGAAAAGUUAUCGAAAAAAUCGAAGACUUGAAUCAUUUUAGUAAAAGAAUGAAACGAGGAUUAGAAACAAUCAAACGUGAGCAUGGACGAAAAAAAUUAUCUGAUGGUAAAACAAUUGGUGGUAAGAAUCGUCUUUCAGGUCGUAAUAUAAUUCGAUUACAAAUGACAUUUGCCUCCACCAUUCGAAAAUGCAAGCAUGAUCUGAAUUUAUUAUUUGAAAGAUCUUGGGCAAUAUUUUGGCAUAAAUAUUCGACCAAUAAUGAUCCUCAUCAUGACUAUUGCAGUAUCGAUUGGUGUGGCUAUUUGAAAUCUGUACGUGAUGGCACUUCUUAUGAUCACACAUCACAUGCUAUGCCUCGUCCUGUACUUGAUGCAAUUAAGCCUGUUUUCGAAAGUCUUUGUUCUAGGGAAAGCCUUGCACGGGUGGUGAAUGCUUCAAGUCAGAAUGCGAAUGAAAGUUUUCAUUCGCUUGUCUGGCUUAUGUCACCAAAACACAAGGCUUCAUCUGGAACAACUUUCGAAAUUGCAUGUUGUCUCGCAAUAAUAAUAUUUAAUGAAGGGUAUUUUGCAAUAGGAGAUGUUUUCAAUGCCAUGUGUGGUUAUCGAGGUUAUUAUACUGAUCAAGCAAUGAUACAUUUCGAUAAUAGUCCACUGCACACAGAAUCAAAAGAAAACAACAGAAAAAAAACUGGUCACGUGUUGCUUCAAAAUAAUGGAAAAGAAGAGGACAGUGGGAUAAUUGAUGACAUUGAUCAAACAAAUGAUGACGAUGAUGAUGGAGAUCCUACAGACAAAGCAACAUCUGAAGAUCAUGAUGAAACAAGUGACAGCGAUGAACAAAUCACUGAUAAUGAUCAUCGGACUUCCAGUGAUGAUGAAUCAUUAGAUGAUGAUGAUUACGGUUAUUAUAAUUCAAAAGACAAAAGACGAUGGGUAGAAGAAGAAUAA